AACUGACAACGAUCCUCUUCUGUACUUUCUGCCGCGGCUCAUUUCCGAAGGGUCCAUCUGCCACCAUUUAAGCUGAGAUAUCGGGGCACGUCAGGUGGUCAACUGGACGGGCACUUUAAUUGAGGCAGCUUCAUUUAUAGUGUCGCCGGCUUUACCCGUCACUCUGCGGAGAAUCUUUUAUUCGUCGUUUUGUUUAUAUGCCCUGCAGAGUUCUUGUUCACUGGCCACUAGACUUUCUCUGUUCUGCGUUCACUUGAUCCUGGUCUCUUUUUAAAAGUUUUGGAGGGUUUAUAGAGGGUUUUAGACUUAGAAGCCGAAAGUCAUUUCAUUACUUUCCAUCGAUACAUAUACCAUGCAGCAACUCAAAGAAAUGAGAGGCCCCGAGUCGAGGGUUUUAAUCAUCAUGACAGGUGGAACUAUCUGUAUGAGGAGAUCUGAGCUAGGAUUUGUUCCAGCCAGAGGGUUCCUUGAGGCAGGACUUGCGCCUCGCCCUUCAUUCAAUGACGGAUCCAAUCCAGGAACCCUUGGCGUCAUGGUGGAUGAUGACCGUAUGAAGGAGCACCGCAGUCUACGGACGCCCAUUAGCACAUAUGGACGUCAAGUUAGAUACUCCGUCCUGGAGUACGAGGAGCUUCUUGAUAGCAGCUCCAUUGAUGCCAAGGGUUGGGCACAGAUUGCACGGUCUAUUGCAAGAAACUAUGAACUGUUUGAUGGUUUCAUCGUCCUACAUGGUACCGAUUCACUUGGUUACACCUGCUCGGCACUUUCUUUCAUGCUACAGAAUCUUGGAAAGCCGGUCAUCUUGACUGGCUCUCAAGCGCCAAUGCUGGAACUGCAAAAUGACGCAACAGACAACCUCUUGGGGUCGCUCAUCAUCGCGGGCCAUUUCAUGAUACCAGAAGUCUGUUUGUUCUUCAACUACAAGCUUUUCCGGGGAAACAGGGCCACCAAAGUUUCUGCCAGCGAGUUUUCGGCGUUCGCGUCUCCUAACCAUCCACCUCUAGCCACGAUUAGCUCUCUUAAGACCCAUGUCUCAUGGGACCUUGUUCGAAGACCAGUGGACCUGCAUCCUUUCAGCAUUCAAGUCAAUCUCGAAACAACCCACGUUGCCUGCCUGCGCAUAUUUCCCGGUAUCAAGCCGGAAAUGGUUGAUGCCGUCUUGCGGGUAGAGGGGCUUCGUGGUCUUGUCUUGGAGACAUUUGGAGCAGGAAACGCUCCAGGUGGCCCUGAUAGUGCUCUCACUAAGGUUAUCGAGGACGCGGUCAAGAGAGGGAUUGUCAUCGUAAAUGUCACGCAAUGCAUGACAGGAAGUGUUUCCCCACUUUACGCUCCUGCCACGGUGCUUGGACGGGCAGGCGUCGUUUUCGGUCAUGACAUGACUACAGAAGCUGCUUUGACCAAAUUAGCAUAUCUUCUUGCACAACCCAACCUCAGUUAUAAAAAAGUCGCGGAGCUAAUGUCCGUUUCAUUGAGAGGCGAAAUCACGGAGUCUUCUCGCACUUUUUUCCAGCACCCUAAUGGACAGCUCACGCCAAAAGUUGCUCAAGUUACUGCUCUCGGAUAUGCUAUUGCCGAUGGUUAUCUCGAAGCAGUUCGCGAUAUCAUCAAAGGCGCGCGGAGUUUCUCGUUGAAUGAGCCUGACUAUGCAGGAAACACAUCAGUGGUGAGCACGUCCUCUUGAUUUCUUCCUGCUUGACACUCCUGGGAGCGACGGCGAAGAUGA